AUGGUCAACUCCUGUUGUGGCUCCGUCUGCUCUGACCAGAGCAGUGGCCAGGAGGCCUGCUGCCACCCCAGCUGCUGCCAGACCACCUGCUGCAGGACCACCUGCUGCCGCCCCACCUGCUGUGUGUCCGCCUGCUGCCAGCCCUCCUGCUGUGGUUCCAGCUGCUGUGGCUCCAGCUGCUGCAGGCCCAGCUGCUGCACCUCUAGCUGCUGCCGCCCCACCUGCUGCCAGACCACCUGCUGCAGGACCACCUGCUGCCGCCCCACCUGCUGUGUGUCCAGCUGCUGCCAGCCCUCCUGCUGUGGUUCCAGCUGCUGUGGCUCCAGCUGCUGCAGGCCUACCUGCUGCAUUUCCAGCUGCUGCCGCCCCUCCUGCUGCAUUUCUAGCUGCUGCCGCCGCCCCUCCUGCUGUGGAUCCAGCUGCUGUGGAUCCAGCUGCUGUGGCUCCAGCUGCUGCCGCCCCUCCUGCUGCUGCCCCUCCUGCUGCCUGCGCCCAGUCUGUGGCCAGGUCUCCUGCCACACCACCUGUUAUCGCCCCACCUGUGUCAUCUCCACCUGCCCCCGCCCCAUGUGCUGUGCCUCCUCUUGCUGUUGA